AGAAAGGGUUUAAAUAACAAACGGUCACAAAAUCAGCUCAUCACUUACAAACGGGGGACCUCAACACCGUCAUCUCUUAUCGCCUCUCUCUCUCUAAAAUUCAAACCCUCUCUCCGUAACGGCCAUAUUCUUUUGUAAGCUUCUUCUUCUUUCUCUCUCCUCUCUCUCUCUCUCUCUCUCUCUCUCUCUCUCUUAAUAUAAUAAAAUAAAAAAUUCCCAAAUUUCAGCCUCACAGUCUCCGUUCACUAUAUUGUCUCUAUAGCUUCGCCAUUUGUACUACUUGCAUUCUCCGACUAAAUUUUUCAGAUUGCUGCCGGCCGCUUAUAAUCCACUUACAGAAGGAGAGGAGAUUUAUUAAUUGAUUAAUUAAUCAGUGGAAUUCGUCAGAUUUGAAGUGACUGAACAAAUAUACAAGGAUGGAGGCUUCCCAGAGAAGAGGAGGUGGUGGUGGUGGUGGAGGAGUGGUGCCAGUAUCACCAUCUCAGACGCCGCGUUCGAGUGAUAAGGCGGUGAGAGAUCUGCGAUCAGGAGAGGGGAGUUUCAGUGGGAAGCACGAUAAGGAUACAGGUGUAAAUGUACAGGUCAUUGUGCGAUGCCGGCCAUUGAGUGAUGAUGAGAUCAAAGUACACACCCCUGUGGUGAUUUCUUGCAAUGACAACAGAAGAGAAGUUUGUGCUGUUCAGAAUAUUGCUAACAAGCAGAUUGAUAGGACUUUCCUCUUUGACAAGGUCUUUGGUCCAUCGUCGCAGCAAAAGGAUUUAUACCAUCAAGCAGUCAGCCCGAUAGUGUUUGAAGUCCUAGAGGGCUAUAAUUGCACCAUCUUUGCCUAUGGGCAAACAGGAACUGGAAAGACUUACACUAUGGAGGGUGGAGCAAGGAAAAAGAAUGGUGAAUUUCCAAGUGAUGCGGGUGUCAUUCCGAGAGCUGUUAGACAAAUAUUUGAUAUCUUAGAGGCUCAGAAUGCUGAAUAUAGCAUGAAGGUUACGUUCUUAGAGCUAUACAAUGAGGAAAUAUCAGAUCUUUUGGCACCAGAAGAAUGCUCAAAAUUCACUGAUGACAAGUCGAAGAAACCAAUAGCGCUCAUGGAAGACGGAAAAGGCGGAGUUUUGGUUAGGGGAUUGGAGGAGGAAAUAGUGACUACUGCAAAUGAAAUCUAUAAGAUCUUAGAGAAAGGUUCUGCUAAAAGGAGAACAGCAGAGACUCUUCUCAAUAAACAGAGCAGUCGUUCUCACUCUAUUUUUUCUAUCACAAUUCACAUCAAAGAGUGUACUCCAGAAGGAGAGGAAAUGAUCAAAUGUGGGAAGCUUAAUCUUGUUGAUCUUGCUGGCUCAGAGAAUAUUUCACGCUCUGGUGCCCGAGAUGGCAGAGCAAGGGAGGCAGGUGAAAUUAACAAGAGCUUGCUGACACUUGGUCGAGUAAUAAAUGCUCUGGUUGAGCAUUCUGGUCAUAUUCCCUACAGGGACAGCAAGUUAACAAGGUUGCUGAGAGAUUCUCUGGGAGGGAAAACAAAGACGUGUAUAAUUGCGACUAUAUCCCCCUCUAUACAUUGUUUGGAAGAGACACUGAGCACUUUAGAUUAUGCUCACCGAGCCAAAAACAUAAAGAACAAACCAGAGAUCAAUCAGAAGAUGAUGAAAUCUGCAGUAAUCAAGGAUUUGUAUUUUGAAAUUGAUCGGCUAAAGCAAGAGGUGUAUGCUGCAAGAGAGAAGAAUGGGAUCUACAUACCAAGAGAUCGUUAUCUCCAAGACGAGGCAGAUAAAAAGGCUAUGACAGAGAAGAUAGAGCGAAUGGAACUUGAUUUUGAUUCCAGGGACAAGCAACUAGCGGAGCUCCAAGAAUUGUACAAUUCUCAGCAGCAGUUGACUGUUGAGCUGAGUGAUAAACUUGAAAAGACUGAGAAAAAGCUUCAGGGAACUGAGCAUGCGUUGCUUGAUCUUGAAGAAAGACAUAGGCAGGCAAAUGCAACAAUUAAAGAAAAGGAAUACCUGAUAUCCAAUCUUCUUAAGUCUGAGAAAUCACUCGUUGAGCGGGCACUUGAGCUUCGAGCAGAACUGGAGCAUGCUGCAUCAGAUGUCACUAAUCUCUUCACCAAGAUUGAGCGCAAGGACAAAAUAGAAGAUGGCAACAGAAUUCUUAUACAAAAGUUCCAAUCUCAAUUGACUCAGCAGCUUGAAAUCUUGCACAAAGCUGUGGCAUCUUCGACUACAGAGCAAGAACAACAACUGAAAGGGAUGGAAGAAGACAUGCAUUCAUUUGUAUCCACAAAGACUCAGGCUACUGAAGAGCUUAGGAAUCAUCUAGAAAAAUUGAAAACCAUGUAUGGCUCUGGUAUCAAGGCUUUAGAUGAUUUAGCUGGAGAACUUGAUUCUAACUCUCAGUCAACUUUUGGUCGGCUGAACUCUGAAGUUUCAAAACACUCAUUGGCCUUAGAAGAGCUUUUUGAAGGAAUUACUUCCGAGGCUGAUAGUUUACUUCAUGAUCUCCAAGAUAGUCUGCAUAGUCAGGAGAAAAAGUUAACUGCCUAUGCACAACAGCAACGAGAGGCUCAUAGCAGAACUGUCGAGACCACAAGAUCAAUUUCCAACGUUACUGUAAACUUCUUUGAGACUUUAGAUGGGCAUGCUUCAAAGUUGGGCCAAAUUGUGGAAGAGGCGCAGACAAGUAAUGAUCAGAAAUUAUCUGAGCUUGAAAAGAAGUUUGAGGAGUGUGCUGCCCAUGAAGAAAAACAACUAUUAGCAAAAGUGGCAGAGCUGCUUGCUGAAUCGAAUACUCGGAAGAAAAAACUGGUUAAAUGUUCAGUUGAUGGCCUUAGGGAGAACGCAGCAAACAGAACAAACAAAUUACAGCAAGAGAUGUCAAUUAUGCAACAAAACACUUGUUCUAUUAAAACUGAAUGGACAAGUUACACACAGAGCACUGAAUCUCGCUAUCUUGAGGACACGGCAUCAGUCGAAAUUGGGAAAGAAGAUAUGGAAGGCGUUCUCCACAAAUGUUUGGGGCAAGCAAAAUUGGGUGCAGAACAAUGGAAACGCGCUCAGGAUUCACUGCUUCAUCUAGAGAAGACAAAUGUUGCCUCAGUGGACGAAAUAGUUAGGGGAGGGAUGAACACGAUUGAAGUCUUACGAGAACAGUUCUCUUCUGCUGUGAGUUCUGCGCUGGAAGAUGCUGAUACUGGAAGCAAGAAUAUUCUCUCAUCCAUUGACCGUUCGUUACAACUUGACCAUGAGGCUUGUAGUAAUCUUGAUUCCAUGAUUGUUCCUUGCUGUGGAGACUUGAGAGAAUUGAAUAAUGGGCAUUACCACAAGAUUGUGGAAAUCACAGAUAAUGCAGGAAAAUGCCUGCUAGAAGAGUACAUGGUUGACGAACCAUCAUGCUCAACGCCGAGAAAAAGACCGAUUAGCCCUCCGAGUGCUGCUUCCAUUGAGGAACUGAGAACGCCAUCCUUUGAAGAACUACUAAAAUCGUUUUGGGAUGCAAAAUCAUCGAAGCAGCAAGCAAAUGGAGAAGUUAAGCACAUCUUAGAAGCGGCCGUCUCUUUGAGAGACCCUCGAGUUCCUCUCACUGCAAUCAACUAAAGGGAGUGGAUUAGUAUAUGCAUAUGAAGUAGCAAUAAGAUUUUAAAGUUACCUGUUGUACAGAAAGUAGUGGCUUGAAGUAGAGAAACCAAUUAUAUUUGUCCGAUUAUUGCUAUUCUUGAUGGAUUAAAUUCUUUUUUUUUUUUUUUUUUUGUGGAGAUGGAUGAGUGAGCCAUCUCCACAGCAAACAGUAGAACUUGGAAUUUCACUUCUUUGAAAUUCUCCAGUGUAAGAAAAUCAUUAUUUUUCGAUUUUGGUGCUUGUUUUAGGAUUUACUCAUUAAACUGAUUUGUAGUAGUGUCCUGAGAAAAUAUAAAAUCUUCUGCAGAUUUGAA